UCCUCUUUCUAAUAAGUCACUUUGUCACCAUGGAGCCCAGCAGUCCAAAGAAGAUCCAGUUUGUGGUGCCGCCGCUGCAAGGCCACUUGGAUCCUCAAGCCUCGGAGCAAAUCCGUCGGAGAAGACCGACUCCUGCCACCCUGCAAAUCUACAGACAGCCUGAAGCUGGAGAUCAGUAUGAUGCCAGCGGAGGAGCUCAGACAUCAGAUGGCGCCCAGAGGAAGCACAGCACUUGGGCCCCGCCCACCAGAAAAGAAAGGGCGGUCCUAAAGAGAGGCGUUUUCCAGAGGUCUCAAGAAGCUCUUCAGUCGGGGGUGGAGCCAAACUCCUGUCAGUUUCGGCCAAUGACAGCACAGCUCCUAUGGACCAAUCAGAAUGAGCCACAGGAAGACAACGGGAACGAGGCGGGUCUUCUUCUGUCCAAUCAGGAGAGAGAAAUGGAAGCCAGCAGCAGCUCAGGUGUGUCACCUGACUCCCCAGGUGUGUCACAUGACUCUCCAGGUGUGUCACCUGACUCUCCAGGUGUGUCACAUGACUCCCCAGGUGUGUCACCUGACUCUCCAGGUGUGUCACCUGACUCCCAGAUCCAGGCUUCCAGUCCUGACUCAGUUUCUCGAUAAGCGCAAGACUUCUCUCUUGAAGCUUCUCCUCUUCACUCGACUCUUCUCUCACUGAUCCGUGAAUCAACUUGUUUGACUUGCUUCUGAAGAUUUGGACAUAAACACACCUGUCAACUUUGA